AUGGAAACACCGAACUAUCUCUUGCUUCCCGCUAUUGCGGAGUUCAUCAACGCGUACGAGAAUAAGCCAACCGCGGAGAAUGCCAAGAUCAUGGUGGGCGGUCUCCUCACUUACGCCUUCGAUUCGAAUGAUGGCUGGGUCCUCAAAUGGCAAGAUGACGAGGAGAACACCCACUCCAACUGCUUCAUUGUGAAAGCUAUUGGUGAAGACAGGACCCUGCACACCAUAGUGAAACUUGUUCUUGACCCCUCUGGUUCAAUCCAGCAAAACUGGGAUCAAUCCGUCCCCCGCUUGAUCAGUGCCCCCCUUCCUAGUGAACGAUGCUGGGCCAUUCUCAUCCGUGGUAUCAAAGUCCGGCUUUACGAAUACCAUCGUGACCAAGAGCCCGACUACCGUCUCGUUCCAUGUGACUUCAAGAUCAACGACAAGAUCAAGCAUGCGGUUCACAUUCGCAAAAAUGCUGACGCAAUCAACGAUCUUCUCAUCAGCAUCCCUAACCAGGUUCCUCAGCCACUCGAGGAGGGCGAACGCGGCAACCCGGCUCCGAAUGAUUCUGCUACCGACAAGACAAAUGGCUCGCAGAUUUCCCUUGAUGCCACUCUUGAUACUGUCCCUGGCUCUGGCCGGUACCUCGAGUCAACCUCUGAGGAUCCCCCCACUGAGGCCAGCGAGGAAAAGACGCCUACCGAAGCCGAGCAUGUCACUGAGCAUGAGACCGCUCCCCAGGCCAAGACAGCAACCCAGGUUGAUACUCCUACUUCUGAGACCAAGCGUACUACUGAGGCCAAUGGAACCCAGGCCAAGAUUACUCCUCAAGCGAAGGCUGCUCUUCUCGCCAAGGCUGCUGCUGGGCUUAGGGGUGCUACUCCGGCCAAGAUUGCCUCUCAGGUUAAGCCUGCUGCUGGAGUGAAGAGUGCUACCCAGGCCAAGACUAAUCCCCAAGCCAGGGCUGCUCUUCUAGCGAAGGGUGUUUCUGGGAUGAAGAUCACUCCCAAGAUCAAGCCUGCGGCAGGAACUGAGGUUGUGGGACAGACAGCAACAGACUAG